GGAAUCUCUGCCCCAUCUGUGAUCUUUAAAAGCUCAAGCAAUGUGAUAUGAAGUGUUUGUAAGAAGAAAACAUCAACACAAAUUCAAAAAAAUUUAAAAAUAGUAAUGGAACAAAAUGAAGAUGACACUGUUAUGAAUGAAAGUUUGAACGACGAAGCGUCGAGCAACAACGUAGAUGAGACAAAAGACCAAAUCAAUGUUCGAUCGCGCGUCGAGCAAGUCAAGUCGAAAUUCGUUGGAAUCGUAAAUGAAAUACGCAAAAGUUCACCCCCGCUUGUUGUUAGACGAUGGGUUGAUGCUGCCUCAAGUACUGAAGCAACAAAUGCUAAUGUCGAAACCGUAAAAGAUACUGUUGAAGAGUCUGAAGAGACUUUUACUCAUGACGAUCCCAAAAAUCACGUAGAAGAAAUCGAUGAAGAGCCUUCGUCCAAUAGAACGAGAAUCGCAAGCAGUUUCACGUCAAUAUUGACAAAACUAAACCUAAAAGCCUUUGAAAAAGUUGUCGAAUCGGAAGUUGAACCUUCUGUUUCUCAAGGGAGCAAUAUUAAAAAUACUUUUAGCGAUUUUUACGAAAAAUUCAACAACAAUCGUGAUCGUUAUCAGUCAAUUAAAGCACGCAAAAUGGAUAUCAAAAGGAUGUUGAGCAGAACAAAGAUGAGUGAAGAGAUAACAAUAGAUCCAAUAGUUGUUAAAGAUGAGGAAAUUCAAGCUGAUGAGGUAAAAGACAUAUCCGAAAAAACUUCAGAAAAUGAAAAAUUCAUUUUAACAUCUGAGGAUACAAAUAUCGAUUGGAGUCUCAAACCUCCAUCUGAUCCAUCGCAUCGCCCUCAUCGUACAAACAUGAGAAAAUUGGGUCGUUGUGCAAGUGAAAAUCAACCAGUUAGUCGAAAAGGAGCUCUUUCACACGUUGGGCGAAGCUUUAGUGUUGCUGAGCCCGAAAAUGAUGAAAUUGUCGAAAGUUCGAGCAAUAUCUUCGUCACAAUACACGAAGGAGAUCAUGUUAGUUGCCCAUCUUUACAAGCAAGUGCUCAAAGUCUUAAUGCGUUUUCAAAUGCGAGUAGUUUGAACUUGUUGCCAAUAAGUCCUGCACACACAACAAGUGAAAAUGGAUUGUCGCCAAGAAAGAGGCUACAGCACGAAGGCUCUUUUCAAUCUGAUUCAAGUUAUUGUUCGAGUGUUGAUAGUUUAUUAGAUGCUCGUAAGCCUGAUCCAGAAGCAAUUUUACGCGCAUGUGGUUUUGGACCUCCUCGUCAAGAAGAUGUUAUCUCAAAAAUACCAAAAAGAUUUUUGAAACCUUCACAAGUUCGAGGCAUAGAUACCAUCGAGUUUCUCAAACGUCAAAGAUAUGCAAAUCAAAUACACGAUUCUACUGCAUUUGGAUAUCGAGGAUUAGUUGAUUACGAAAAGUUGCAAAUAUUACAAAGAUUUGAACGUCGUCCAAAAUCAGGACCAAAGUAAUCCAGACAUUCAACCAACACUGAUAGUAUUAAAGAUCAGAGAACAAUUAGUGAACUACUACUGAUCGCAUAUCAAUCAAAAAUCAUCUUUAAGGCCUAAUGUUUUUUAGAGAACCUUUUCUAACAGUUUAAAAUGAAACAAACAUCCAAUCAAACUAAAUUUAAGACUUCUUAAUGUCGAUUACUUAAUAAAAUUUUUGGAAUCCUUUAUAAAAUGUUACUGAAAUGUAUUUAUUAUAGCGAAUUACUGUCGUA